AGCCUGGGUGGGGCGUUCAAGGUGUGUCCGGAUUAUUGACACGCCGCCAGCUGCGAGUGCGCGCAAAAGGUGUUUAUGGACUAGGAAAAGCAGCAGGAUUGUUUCCCUCUUCUGCAUUCAACUUUCAAUCACCAUCUGGACGACUGUUUUGUUUCUUUUGCGUGGCGGAAGGCUGCCCUGUAGCGUCGCACCAAGUGGGCAAAGUGCACUUGCCUUAAUAAAAGAUGGCACAUGCUAUCAUUUUCAUCGCGAGUGUGACUCUGAUCCUCGCCGGAGUUGAGUCGUGCUUUGUCCCGAGCUUGCUUUACGUCCCGGUGCCUCAAACUAUCCCGACCGGGCGCGAGAUAACAAGAGUCAAUGUCGCGGACUGUGCUAGCGUCUCUUCCAACGACCGCACGUUUGCGGUUUGGACCAACGGCUCGGUGACGGCCAUGGCUCCCGUCACUGUUCCGUCCAAAGGCCGGACUUUUUCCGUCCUGGUUCAGGACUUCAAUGGACCCCAGCUGCGAAUGGACGUCAUUCUCAUCGCCAGUCCCAUGUUGAACAGACAGCCCACUGAUGUGUUGAAACGGUCCAAAAGACGCUGGAGCCCUCCGCCCUUCCACAUCUUGGAGAACGAGCCGGGUCCAAAGGACAUUGAUCGGCUGGUGUCCGACUCUGAAAAAGAUCAUGUUAAGGUGGUCUACACCCUUACUGGCCCUGGUUUCGACCAGUACCCUGUGAAUGUGUUCGGCUUUGACAAAAACAGUGGAAUGUUGUCGCUGCUGAAGGCGGUUGAUCGAGAGGAGUACCCGCAGUUUGUUUUGACAGCCAACGCUAUCAACCCAUCUUCCGGACAGAUAACAGAUGAUCCUCUACCUAUCACUGUCUAUGUAGAUGACGUGAACGACAACGCGCCACAGUUUCAAGGCACAAUGCAGUUUACUGUGCUCGAGCAGAGCAUAGCAGGCACAAAUCUUGGCAAGGUGAAUGCUACCGACAGAGACCAAGAAGGCACCGACCAUGUGAAGAUCCGCUAUUCCCUUUUGAACGAAUUAGACAAAUUUGCCAUCAACGCUGAGACAGGUCACAUCACAAUGCGUACUAAUGCAUUGGAUAGGGAGACCAAAGACAAGUAUAGCGUGACAGUGCAGAUUAAAGAUCGGGACGGAAAAGACACCGGUUUGAUCACGACAGGUGUGGCGACCAUCCUUGUUGGUGACAUCAACGACAACCCGCCAACCUUCACAAAGUCAUCGUUUCAAGCCACAGCGAAGGAGAAUGAAAUUGACAAACUUCUACUCCGACUCCCUGUUGAAGAUAAAGAUUUGAAAGACACACCAAACUGGAAGUCAAAAUUUGUAAUCACUAAGGGAAAUGAAAGUGGCAAUUUCCGUAUGGCUACAGACCCCAAAACAAAUGAGGGGCUUUUGUAUGUCUCGAAGCCAUUAGAUUAUGAGACGACCAAAACUGUGAGGCUCGACAUCAUGGCCCGCAACGAAGCCGACCUGAUCGGCACCACGGCCCGAUGGAAUUCUGUGCCUGUGGACUUGACUGUCACCGACGACGAUGAAGGCCCAGAAUUCACGGCGCCUACCGUCCGCUUCAUCGUAAAAGAGAACACACCAAACGGCACACUCAUUGGAACUUACAAAGCCGUAGAUCCGGAAACCAAGAGCAGCGACGGCAUCAAGUAUUACAAGGUUACAGAACCUGCCGGCUGGAUCAAUGUGGAUAAGAACAAUGGAGAGCUGACGGUUGCAAACACCAUCGACAGAGAGUCUUCCUUUGUCAAGGAUGGAAUUUACAACAUCAGCAUGAAAGCCGUCGAUGCAAGUUCUAAGACUGGCACAGGGAUGGUAAUCAUCCAAGUGGAGGAUGUGAAUGACAACGUGCCAACAGUGCCCACUAGUGAAAUGGUGCUGUGUGAAAAAGAAGGAGAACUUGGCUCAGUGGUGGUUGAGGCUAAAGACUCGGACCAAUCUCCAUUUUCGGCACCCUUCACUUUUGGUCUGCCUGCUGACAAUGAUGGGAAAUGGUCUGUGACCAGAUUUAAUGACACAGCAGCUACGUUGAAGCAGCUCAAAGCACUUCCUAUGAAGGUGCACAAAGUUCCCGUGGUGAUCAAAGACCUGCAGGGCAACGGACAAACCCAGGUAGUGAAUGUAAGGAUCUGCCAGUGCAGGAAUGGCGCCUGCUUGACCAAGCCGUGGUCAGCCUCACUCGGCCCGCUGGGUUGGCUGACUUUGUUGCUGCCUCUGUUGCUGCUACUGCUGCUCGUGUUGCUGCUCGCCUUUUUCUGUAAGACAAGGGCGGAAAACAUUCAGCUGGAGGAUACAGCUGAUGGUGGUGGAAUCCUGAUCAAAUCAAACACGGAAGCACCAGGGGAAGAAGUGGAUUCAAGUCUCAUCAAGGUCCCCAUCCCGAGUGCUGACAUUAGUCGGGAUUGGGCGGUAAAGAGCUCCAGCACAAUUGGACGCCAAGACGAAGGCAUGUACAAGGGCUUCGUUUCCACUGAAAUGAAAGACGUCUACUCCGGGCAAUACGACAGCCAGUAUGGUACUCAGCAGCUCAACUACGACGCAAACUUUCUCAGCACCUGGCAAACAAAUGGACGCUAUUUGCACCAGAAACUCGGCUAUUUCGCUGGGGAGGAGGACGGUCGAUAUGCGGACGACAUCGUCCACCAAUACGGCUAUGAGGGAGUGGGCUCGCCGGCCGGCUCGGUGGGCUGCUGCAGCGACGACGGCGACAAUGAAAACCUGGACUUCCUAAACACACUCGGACCAAAGUUCAAACCCCUCGCAGGCAUCUGCAAAAAGACAUGAACAAUGACGACGGAAAUUAAGUGUUAUGCUUUUUUUUUUUGGUGCACAGGAUGCAAUAGGGGUCAUUGGGGUGCCAGGCUCCCCACUCUCAUGCCACCUGAAAGUGAAUGAAAGGAUCGAGAGAGUUGUGUUUCCCUGCUGCUUUUUCCUUAGUCCCAAGCACUGAUAACCUUCUCGACACUGUCAACUGUACAUAAUAUUUACGCUUGGUUUUGCAGGUUGCUACUAUUUAAUAUGGUAUUUUGGGUUUUACUAAUUCCAUGUGUUUAUGGUAAACUACUUCGGUUGUGCAAAGUGUGAUUUGCUAUUUUUUAAACUGUUUCCUUCAAUUUUAAGAGUUUUGAUAUUUUUCUAUUAUUAAUAAAUAUGAAUUAAGAUUAAUGUAGAGUUGCCUUAGGCUGCGUUCAGAAUUGUUUGGUACACUGGUCCAGACCAAAAAUAAAAAUAUACUUGGUGCGCACUUUGAUGAAGUUUGCUUAGCGUUUCACAUUCGUCAUAGAACUUGGACAACUUUCGUGACAGAUACUAAAACAAUCCACACACAAAACGCCGUAUGCUGAGUUAAAUACAUUGUAGCUUUUAUAUUUUGUUUUAUUUAGCAGGUUAGAUUUCCACAAAACAACCUGUGUGCGGGAGCAUCCUAUACACAGUACAGGCCAAAAGUUUGGACACACCUUCUCAUUCAAUGCAUUUUCUUUAUUUUAAUGGCUAUUUACAUUGUAGAUUGUCACUGAAGGCAUCAAAACUAUGAAUGAACACAUGUGGAGUUAUGUACUUAACAAAAAAAGGUGAAAUAACUAAAAACAUGUUUUAUAUUCUAGUUUCUUCAAAAUAGCCACCAUUUGCUCUGAUUACUGUUUUGCACCCUCUUAGCAUUCUCUCCAUGAGCUUCAAGCACACCUGUGAAGUGAAAACCAUUUCAGGUGACUACCUCUUGAAGCUCAUCGAGAGAAUGCCAAGAGUGUGCAAAAAAGUUAUCCGAGCAAAGGGUGGCUAUUUUGAAGAAACUGGAAUACAAAACAUGUUUUCAGUUAUUUCACCUUUUUUUGUUAAGUACAUAACUCCAAAUGUUUUCAUUCCUAGUUUUGAUGCCUUCAGUGACAAUCUACAAUGUAAAUAGUCAUGCAACGAAAGAAAACGCAUUGAAUGAGGAGAAGGUGUGUCCAAACGUUUGGCCUGUACUGUAUAUCCGCUUUAAAUCCCACAUACGAAAGAGGCCUGGGUCGGAUAUGAAGUCUUCAGAAAUGCAUCGUUCACACUGACAUGAAGAAAUCCGAUACAGGUCGGAUAUUGGCAAACUAAUCGGAAUUUACCUGCACUGUGAACAAGGCCUAAAGUUCCCUUGCAACUGAUUUCAAUCUGCUUGUUUGAUGCACAACUGGUUUGAGAGGAAAAUGCUCAACUUGAUUGCUUGUUUCUGCAACUCUAUGAGAUUUGUGGUGUAUUCCGGUGACGGUCACCGUUAAUGAAUGUUAACAGGGUGUGGUUGCGGCAGUCGUCAGCAGUUAUUGCAACAUUCUGCUAAACGUGUGAAAGUCAGCACAAAGGCGAGUGAGGCACGACUCACACUGGCCUGACAAGAAAACAGAAGUGGUUUAACAGAGGAAUCACAGAAAACCUUGCAUUUCCAUACAGGUUUCUACUUUUCCUUGAACGUUCUAAUCUAAUGAUGAAUGUGCACAGGUAUAAGUGGUUUAACUUACUAUUUGAUUUCAACAGUCUGAAUGUCGUUGGGGGAUCCUCCUCGCAGCUGUAAAACUAAUAAUAAAAUGCUCUCUUGUA